CAUAACCGAAUAAUCCUAACAACGCUCCACACAAACCAUUCAUCCCCUCCCACUCUUUCCCCUCGAUCAGAAACAAAGAAACAAAAAAGUGUUUUUUUUUUGGGUUUGUUGAUCGAUAAUUCGAUAUCGAUCUCCCAGGAAAAUGGCGGGGAAUGAGUGGAUAAAUGGGUACUUGGAGGCGAUUCUUGACAGCGGCGCGUCGGCGAUUGAGGUGGAGAGCAAGGCGCCUGUGGUUAAUGUUGGGGAACAAGGGCAUUUUAAUCCCACUAAGUACUUUGUGGAGGAGGUGGUUUCUGGGGUGGAUGAGACGGACCUUCAUCGCACAUGGAUCAAGGUGGUGGCUACCCGCAACACCAUGGAGCGCAGCUCUCGCCUCGAGAAUAUGUGCUGGCGAAUCUGGCACCUCACCCGCAAGAAGAAACAGUUGGAAUUGGAAGGUUUACAAAGGUUAGCGAAUAGGAGAUGGGAACGGGAGCAAGGGCGCAAAGAUGUGACAGAGGACAUGUCUGAAGACUUGUCCGAAGGAGAGAAGGGUGAUGUGUUGGGGGAGACGAUAACGCUUGACAGUCCAAGGAAGAAGUUCCAACGAAACUCAUCCAACUCAUCCAAUUUGGAAGUAUGGUCGGAGAGUAUCAAGGAAAGGAAGCUUUAUAUUGUUCUUAUUAGCUUGCAUGGUUUGGUUCGUGGUGAAAAUAUGGAGCUUGGUCGGGAUUCUGAUACUGGUGGUCAGAUUAAAUAUGUUGUGGAACUUGCCAAGGCACUUGCUAAGAUGCCCGGUGUAUACAGGGUGGAUUUGUUCACUCGUCAAGUUUCCUCACCAGAAGUGGACUGGAGUUAUGGUGAGCCUGCAGAAAUGUUGAAUACGGGUGCUGAAGAUGGCGAUGGUGAUUUUUUGGGUGAAAGUAGCGGGGCAUAUAUCAUAAGAAUACCCUUUGGUCCUCGCGAUAAGUACCAAAGGAAAGAGCUAUUGUGGCCUCACAUUCAGGAGUUUGUAGAUGGAGCUCUAGCACACAUCCUGAAUAUGUCCAAGACUUUAAGUGAACAAAUCGGUGAUGGGCAACCCGUGUGGCCAUACGUGAUCCAUGGCCAUUAUGCUGAUGCUGGGGAUAGUGCUGCUCUUCUUUCGGGUGCUUUAAAUGUUCCGAUGGUUCUAACUGGACACUCGCUGGGUAGAAACAAGCUUGAACAGCUUCUGAAACAGGGGAGGCAAUCGAAGGAGGAUAUUAAUUCAACGUAUAAGAUCAUGCGGAGGAUAGAGGCAGAAGAGCUUUCACUCGAUGCAGCAGAACUUGUUAUCACCAGCACUAGACAAGAAAUUGAUGAACAAUGGGGGCUAUAUGACGGGUUCGAUGUAAAGCUUGAGAGAGUUUUAAGGGCUCGUGCAAGACGUGGAGUCAAUUGCCAUGGCCGUUUUAUGCCCAGAAUGGCGGUUAUUCCCCCCGGAAUGGACUUCAGCAAUGUUGUCGUUCAAGAAGAGGCAGCUGAAACGGAUGAACUUGUAGCACUUACUGGCUCAGAUGGGUCAUCCCCUAAAGCAAUGCCUACCAUAUGGUCAGAGGUGAUGCGUUUUCUUGUAAAUCCCCACAAGCCCAUGAUUCUGGCAUUAUCAAGACCAGAUCCGAAAAAGAACUUGACCACUCUACUGAAAGCAUUUGGAGAAUGUCGCCCCUUACGGGAACUUGCUAAUCUUACACUUAUAAUGGGAAACAGGGAUGAUAUAGACGAAAUGUCUGCCGGGAAUGCUAGUGUGCUCACAACGGUUCUUAAGCUAAUCGAUAAGUAUGACCUCUACGGACAAGUGGCCUUCCCGAAACAUCACAAGCAAAGUGAGGUUCCAGAAAUAUAUCACCUAGCUGCAAAAACAAAGGGGGUAUUCAUAAACCCGGCUUUCAUCGAGCCAUUUGGACUCACCCUCAUUGAGGCUGCAGCUCAUGGACUUCCCCUGGUGGCUACUAAAAAUGGCGGUCCAGUUGAUAUUAUUCGGGCACUGAACAACGGUUUGCUUGUUGAUCCUCACGAUCAGCAAGCAAUUGCUGAUGCACUUCUAAAACUAGUAUCGGAAAAGAAUCUAUGGAUGGAAUGUCGUAAAAAUGGUUGGAAGAACAUACACCUGUUUUCGUGGCCAGAACAUUGCCGCACAUACUUAACUAGGGUAGCUGCGUGUCGGAUGAGACACCCACAGUGGCAAACUGACACCCCGACAGAUGAGCUAGCUGCAGAGGAGUCCCUGAACGAUUCGCUCAAAGAUGUGGAUAUGUCGUUGAGAUUAUCAGUUGAUGGCGAAAGGACAUCACUGUAUGAAUCACUCGAUAAAGGUGCUGUGGGUUAUAACCAAGAAGAUCAGGUUAAGCGGGUUUUGAGUAAAAUUCAGAAGGCGGAUGGAGAUAGUGAGAGUCCCGAGGCUGAAAGGAAAGACAACAAUGUUCCCAGCAAUUAUCCCAUGUUGAGAAGGCGACGUAAACUGAUUGUUAUAGCACUGGACUGUUACGACAAUCAGGGACAACCGGAAAAGAAAAUGCUUCACAUCAUCCAAGAGGUGUUCAAGGCUAUCAAGAUUGACCCUCAAAUCGCGAGACUAUCAGGAUUUGCUGUAUCAACCGCGAUGCCAGUGUCGGAGCUGAGCGAGUUCCUGAAAUCAGGGAACAUCAAAGUGACCGACUUUGAUGCCUUGAUCUGUAGCAGCGGGAGCGAAGUUUAUUACCCGGGUGUCAACACUGGAGCAGACGGAAAGCCUAAACCCGACCCUGAUUAUGCCUCGCAUAUUGAAUAUCGCUGGGGUAGCGAUGGGUUAAAGAACGCUAUUUGGAAACUGAUGAAUGCUGGAGAAGGGGAAGGUGGGAAAUCUAGAUCGUCCCCUAUCGAAGAAGAUGUGAAAUCCAGCAAUAUGUAUUGCUUGUCUUACUUGAUAAAGGAUCUUAGCAAGGCAAAGAAAGUCGACGACAUGAGGCAGAAGCUGAGAAUGAGGGGACUCCGCUGCCAUCCAAUGUACUGUCGGAAUUCCACAAGAAUGCAAGUCAUCCCUCUGCUUGCAUCUCGAUCUCAGGCGCUUAGGUACCUGUUUGUGCGUUGGAGAUUGAACGUGACGAACAUGUACGUUGUUCUUGGUGAAACGGGAGACACAGACUACGAGGAGUUGAUAGCGGGGACACACAAAACCUUGAUCAUGAAAGGGGCGGUGGAGAAAGGGUCCGAGGAGCUACUAAGAACCUCGGGGAGCUACCUGAGAGAAGACACCGUACCCCAAGAGAGCUCCCUCGUUGCUCGCAUAAGCGGGGAUGCAAGAGCAGACGAGAUUGUUAAUGCAUUAAGACAAGUGUCUAGGGGAUAGCCGGCUAGCCCGCCCAGGGCCAUCAUCAAAAGGGCUCUUGUGUUCGACUUUGACGUUGAAUGAAAUGCAUGAAUGAAUGUUAAAAUUCAAAUUGGGUGCUUAGGAUAACGCCUGCAGUUAUAAAUGAGUGCAGUGGUUCUUGAUGAUUAGCUUGAGAUCUGCGUAGCAUCCACCAACUGUACUACUGUAGAUAGCACAUACAAAACAACUGCAUGCAAGUAUAGUCUAUCUCUCAAAACAAAUACAAAUACAAAUGCAGUUUGAUCGAAUUUAUGCAA